AUGGCCCGUUUCUUUGCCAUCGUCUUCAUGCUCUUUGCCAUGCUCCACGCCGCCCUGGCUAUCCCGCAUGAGAACGUCCUCCGGGGUCUAUACUUCCCUCGUGCCAACAUCACGGGCGAGACUGCCAACGUCACCUCCACCAACGCCACCACGGCUGCCACCAACGAGACCGCGUCUUCCGCUGCCAUCAAGAGAGCCAUGAGGAGCCACCCCAUCGCUUUGCGCGUCCCCGGACGCGACUAG